CGGAGGAGAAGACCGGCUGCGGGCUAUGGCGGUCACGCUCCCGGAGGUCGUGGAGGAGCUCCUGAGCGAGAUGGCCGCCGUUGUGCGGGACAGCGCGAGAAAAUAGAAGUCCAGGUUGCACGUUUAUGAUUUUGAAGGAGUUGGAACUGAACCAUGUAGAAGCUAUGAUUUCCUUCCUGGUUCCUGACGAGCUCCUCUUGUCGCUGAAGUUUCUGUUUGGGUCAUCGGCCAUCCAGGCCUUGGACCUAGUUGAUCGAGAGUCCGUCACUUUAAUCUCAUCACCCAGUGGAAGGCGUGUUUACCAGGUGCUAGGCAGUUCUGGCAAAACAUACACAUGCCUGGCUUCCUGUCAUUACUGCUCAUGCCCAGCAUUCUCCUUCUCGGUGUUACGGAAGAGUGACAGCCUGCUGUGUAAGCAUCUUCUGGCAAUUUAUCUUAGUCAGCUUCUGAGGAACUGCCAGCAGCUCAGUGUGUCUGACAAGCAACUAACAGACCUACUGUUGAUGGAGAGGACACAAGAAGCAUAAAAGGCGUGGCUGGAACAUGGACUUCCAAGACCGGAGCCUAGCAGGAAAUGCACAGGUGGAGGCCUGGGAGGAGCCUCCAGACUUGUGACUGUCACUUUGCCCUCCCAGGCCGCAGGGUGGGCUUCAGGUGGUAGGCUGCAGAGAGUGUAUGUGGUUAAGAGCCCUCUGUGGUCUUCAUAUUAACCAGCCUCUGAGUCCCACAGAUAGAAAUGUCCCUGGGUAGAAUUAAGUAUUGUUGACUCAAAUAAAGCCUGAGCCAUGUUGCAUCUACAA